AUGCAGAAGGUCGGUCAAAGAGAAAAGUUUUGUGACACUUCACGACAAAUAAGAACUGCGGGUCGGCACAACGCGACGCAGAAAACUCAGCAUACUAAAGAGAAGUUCUCGAGGAACAGAAACAACAGAGGUCCGAGAAAGCAAGUACGAAUCGUCAAGAUUGCAAAUGCAGCAGUUCAGGCAAACUCUUCCCGUGUGUACAUCGAUGCUGUAGUGAACAACUACUCUGUCAAAUUCCUUCUCGAUACUGGAUCAGACAUCACGUUACUGAACGAGAAGAUUUGGAAGAAGAUGGGCUCCCCAGCAUUGGAAAAGACCAAUAUAGUCGUGAAAAACGCAAGUGGAGAUUACAUGAAGAUACAUGGAAAGCUUAAAUGCAAGAUUACCAUGAAAGGUGUCACUACUGAAGGAGACGCUUAUGUGACGCCGUACAACUCACUCUUGGGACUCGAAUGGAUUCGAGCAUGA